AUGAAGGCUCUUAAAAACCUCGGCGACACAGUGGUCAAAUCUGGGGCCUGGAAGAAGCUGGUCAACCCAAGCGCAAGCAGAGGCAAAACCGAGUGGCCCAAAUCGACAGCAGAUUUGGAGAAGAUCGGUGUUCGAUUGGACUAUGACGGGCAAGUCAUUCAGAAUGGGGUUACCUAUCACAAAUAUCAAUGUCAGCCAAACGCAGGCAAAGUACCCAGUUCUAUCAAAGAUUGGAGGGAGUCAAAUGGUGGAACUCAUGCCGUCAUGACAAGUAUCUAUGUCAAGAAAGAUGGCACGAAGGAGGAAGUCCAGGCGGCAAUCGAUCAAGGAGUGAAGAAGGUCUCCGGAACAUAG